AUGAGGGAGAUCAUUCACAUCCAGGCAGGUCAGUGCGGUAACCAGAUCGGUAAGAAGUUCUGGGAGGUCAUUGCCGAUGAGCAUGGAAUCGACGGUACUGGCAAGUACAUUGGAGAUGACCCCCUCCAGCUCGACAGAAUCAACGUCUACUUCACGGAGGCCAGCGGUGGCAACUACGUGCCCCGCGCCGUGCUUGUCGAUCUCGAGCCCGGCACCAUGGAUGCCAUCCGCUCGGGUGUGCACGGCAAGCUCUUCCGUCCCGAUAACUUCGUCUUCGGCCAGAGCGGCGCCGGCAACAACUGGGCUAAGGGUCACUACACUGAGGGUGCUGAGCUCGUCGAUUCGGUGCUCGAUGUCGUGAGGAAGGAGGCCGAGAAUUCCGAUCUGCUCCAGGGCUUCCAGGUCUGCCACUCGCUCGGAGGCGGUACCGGCUCGGGCAUGGGUACCCUUCUCAUCUCGAAGAUCCGCGAGGAGUUCCCCGAUCGCAUGAUGUGCACCUUCUCCGUGAUGCCGUCGCCCAAGGUCUCCGACACUGUCGUCGAGCCCUACAACGCUACCCUUUCGGUCCACCAGCUCGUGGAGAACGCCGAUCAGGUGAUGUGCAUCGAUAACGAGGCCCUCUACGACAUCUGCUUCCGCACCCUCAAGCUGUCCAACCCCAACUACAGCGACCUCAACCACCUGGUCUCGCAGGUGAUGAGCGGUGUCACCGCUUCGCUCCGCUUCCCCGGCCAGCUCAACUCGGAUCUGCGCAAGCUCGCCGUCAAUCUCAUCCCCUUCCCUCGCCUCCACUUCUUCAUGGUCGGCUACGCUCCCCUCACUGCCCCCAACUCCACGGCCUACCGCAACUUCAACGUGGCCGAGAUUACCCAGCAAAUCUUCGAUGCCAAGAACAUCAUGGCCGCCUGCGACCCUCGUCACGGACGCUACCUCACCGCCUCGGCCGUCUUCCGCGGUAAGGUCUCCACCAAGGAAGUCGAUCAGCAGAUGCUCAACGUCCAGAGCAAGAACUCGAACUACUUCGUCGAGUGGAUCCCCAACAACAUCAAGUCCUCGGUGUGCGAUAUCGCUCCCGCGGGCCAGAAGAUCACUGCCACCUUCCUCGCCAACUCGACCGCCAUCCAGUCGCUCUUCAAGCGCGUCUCCGACCAGUUCCAGGCCAUGUUCAAGAGGAAGGCUUUCCUCCACUGGUACACCGGCGAGGGCAUGGACGAGAUGGAGUUCUCUGAGGCCGAGAGCAACAUGAACGAUCUCGUCUCGGAGUAUCAGCAGUACCAGGAGGCCGGCGUCGACGAGGACGAGGCCUACGAGGAGGGCAGCGGUACCGACCUCGGCGAGUCUUCUGUCGACGGUGGCGAGAUCGGCCUCGAGGAGGACACCUACUAG